AUGGAUGGAAAUAUCGUUUCAAACCCAAUAGUCUAUGAUGGUCAAAAUCAUUCUUUAGCCGGCAAUGUACCAGCCACUACCUCUUCGAGAGACCCGAACCGAGACGAAUUCCCGGUACAAAGUGCUUUGAAAAAACUGAAACUAAAUGCAAACGGCAUUCACGAGGGUGUGAACUCUGUUGGCCAAUACAUAUCGCAGCAAGCUUCCAGGAUUGAGCAGAUAGAACAACAACUAAAAGACGCACACCAGCGCAUCCAGAAGUUGGAGGUUGAACUUCAAACUCAGAUACUUAGAACUAUGCCUGACUACCAAAUCACUGAUGCGACUAUUUCCGAGAAUUUCCUGGUAGCCCGCGAUAGCCUCUGUGAGUGGGUGGAGGGGUUUCCUGAUAUCAAGUCUUUCACCGAAGCUCUAUAUGAUGCCGUCCAUCGCGGAGGUAUUGAUGAGAACCUGCUUACCUUUCCGAGAGAGUUUCAGUUAGAACUCAAUCACGCACAAACUGAGAUAUUGACAAUGAUUAUCUUCAAUAUUGUUCGAGAACAUAUACUCGAACCUCUAGUAUUCGCCGCGCCGCCAGCGGAUCAAGAACUCCUAGAGCACCUUUAUGACAUGAUAUCGAUGCUGGAACCGAAAAAAGAUACUAAAAGUAUUAAUCUCUGGCGGUCAGAUACAGUGAGGGCUUACACUGCAACUCAGGUUUACAAGGAUAAGAUUAUUCAAUGCUGUUCUGGAUUAGCCGAUCACUUGCGUGGUUUUUUCAGUUACUUCAGCUAUGAGGAAACAGUUGAUUUGGACCCAAAGUUUGCAAGGCUCGAGCAACAGGUCUUACCACAAAUUGCAGCUCUUGCGCUGAGAUUGAAAUGUUCGCCGGAACAGUACUGGUGGGGAUGGGAUCGAGAUUUCGAUUGGACCCAGCCUAUAAUUGUCUACAAGAGCUAUCUGAGUCAUCUCAUAAUCAUGGAUGCCCAUACCCACCACACGCUUAACCCUCAGGCUGCGAGGUUUGCGAAUAUACAGGAUGAUGCGCCUAUUGGUGUGGUCCUUCUGCGUUUAUAUCCGCCUUUGUUUCGCUCGGUCCCUGGAACGCAAAAUGAUAUUCUGAUUCAAAAAGAAGUGGUUGUGAUCCAAGGAUAUGAAAGUCUGCCUCCAAACUUGAAAGCAGAGGUUGAUUCUCUGGCAACAAAAGGGUGA